AGGCAGGUAGUCAAAGCAAACACUCAGCUCUCCUAGGAGGAUUCAUCAUGUCAGGUUCACCUGAGAUUGAGGAACUACCAGCAACACAAACAGGGCCCAAAGGUGUGAUCCAUGACUGGAGAAAGUUCAAACUUGAGAGUGAGGACCAUGAAAGCGUCCCCUCCAACAAGAGAGAGCUCCUCAGACAGAUGUCCAACCCCAAAUCCAGUAAAGACGACACCCAGGAAAAAGUCUUGCACAAGAUGAGCGUUCAGGAGUACGAAAUGAUCCAAGAAGAGGAUGAAAGGUGUCUGCGUAAGUAUCGUAGGCAGUGCAUGCAGGAGAUGCAUGAGCACCUGAGUUUUGGGCCUAAAUUCGAUGUGGUGUUUGAGUUGGAUAGUGGGGAGGCCUUCUUGGAUGUCAUCGAGAAAGAGCACCGCCUAACUCUAGUGGUUGUGCACAUCUAUGAUGAUGGGAUCAGAGGAUGUGACGCUCUUAACAACUGCUUGACUUGCCUGGCAGCAGAGUACUCUACCGUCAAAUUCUGCCGAAUCCGAGCGUCUGCCACAGGGGCAGGUGAGCGUUUUUCAGACGACGUUCUGCCCGCUCUGCUGGUGUACAAGGCCGGAGAGCUGCUGGGCAACUUCAUGUCUAUCACAAAGCACCUGAAUGAGGAGUUCUUCGCCCUGGAUGUGGAGAACUUCCUAAAUGAGUACGGACUGCUGCCAGAGAAAGAGCUUGCAGCUGGCCCCGAGGAGGACGAGAAUGCUGACGUGGAAUGAUCGAGGAAAUUCAACGGGUGGAAAUGAAUUACAUUAGUCAACCUAGUUUCAGAGAUAGAUCUGAGUAGUAAUGAUGCUGUGACUACUGGGCCGUGGUGACUCCAACAAACACACACACACCUGUAGCACGUGAUUUACAGCGCUUAAAUACGUCAUAGUGUUGUCGAAGGCAUACAUUCAUGAUCAUUUCAUUUGCCAGCGUUCCCACAAUUUUUGACGAAUGAGUUUCCAUUCAUUUCUAUGACCUUUAUAGUAAUUUGUGAUGACUUGAUAAGGAUUUUUUUCAAACCAUUCAAUUUAAGAUUAACUCCUUAAUCAUUAUGACUGAUUUAUGAAGCAGUUUGGCUGAUUUGCAGUGAAAAGGAAAAGACUUACAAGGAUUAUUUUUCAGAUCCACAGAGAAAUUCUCCUCUGUAUCUCAUCGCAGUGCUUUGAUCGACUCAAGUUUAAGUGCUGAUUUCUCCUUUCUCAAUCCUGUUCCCCUGUCUGUCCUUUAAACUAUUAUAUCUGUAUAAAGGCAAAAAAUAAUAUUUAAAAAGACAAGGUAAAAAUUAUUCACUCACAAAUUGAACAUUAUUAUGAUUUGCUGAGAAGCUGAUUAAAUAUUUAUUAAUAAUAAAUAAUAAUGUACAAUUACUGUUAACAGGCUUGGGGUCUGUAAUUAUUAUUUUUUUAAACAAGAUAAUACCUUAAUUCAUUAGGUAUGCAUUGAACUGAUGAAAAUUGAUUAUAAAGACAUUUAUAAUUUUACAAGUUUUAUUUAUUUAUUUAUUUCAAAUUAACUAUUCAAAGUAGCCUGUAAAAACGCAGGG